AUGGAGCUCGAGGCCAUGAGCAGAUACACCAGCCCAGUGAACCCUGCGGUUUUCCCCCAUCUGACUGUGAUGCUAUUGGCAACUGGUGUGUUUUUUACCACCUGGGUCUUUGUUUAUGAGGUCACCUCCACCAAGUACACUCGGGAUAUCUACAAAGAACUCCUCAUCUCCUUGGUGGCCUCACUCUUCAUGGGCUUUGGAGUCCUCUUUCUGCUGCUCUGGAUCGGCAUCUAUGUUAUGAGCACCCAAGGGUUCCAACCAGGUGGCUUCCCUGAACUCCUGCUUUUGUAA